AUGAAGUUCGCUACCUCUGUUUUCACCUUUGCGCUUAUUCUCGUGUUCACCAAAACCGUCCACGCCUUCAUCGAAGUCACCCCCUUCCACUUGAUUGUUCUCAUCAAGGCUGCCGUCUUCCUCAUCAUCUACAACGGCGAACUCGCCGUCCCGCCCCUGUACCUGGAGCAACCCACCCUUCCCCCGCCUGUCAGGAAAACCCUCCGCAUUGAAGGCACCACCCUCCAAGUGGCCAAUUCGCUGGCGGAUUUGCUGCUUGUGGUGCCUGCCGAAUUGUCGGCACCGUCCCCAAUUGUUGUCACCCCACUGGCGCCGGUGAUGCUGCUUGCAUCGCCAGCACAACUGCUGUCCCAGACUUUCGACCUCCCUACCCCGCCGAGUUUGUCCACUAUCUUGUCGCUGUUGCAACUAAUUUUCAAGCUCUUUAGCCCGCCGAUUUUGUAUAAGAUCGUGUCACUGUUGCACCUGAUUUCCAAGUUCCUUUCCCCGCUGGUUUUGUUUGGUUUCAUGCCGCUGUUGCCGCUUCUGCGUGUCUUCAGCGUCGUGAAGGAGUUGUUGCCGUUGAAACAAGAUGAGUCCUGUCCCGUUUGCUUGCCGAUUUCGGUAAGUCCUGCGACGCUGCCUUGGAGCUUCAUCCUUGCGGGUCUCGUGUUUUACGCCAUCGUUCUCAGAUCUCACUUGGUUAAGAAGGGCGCUGCCGGUGCCGCUUUCAUCAAGCAGGAGCAAUUUUCGAGCUCAAAGUUGCCUGUCUGCGAAGAUGACAACGACGCUGGCGACUACCUUUUUGACUGUAGUGAUUUCGAAAACGUUAGGCUUGACUGUGACCCGCAAGAGGAACCCUUCGUGGCCGCUGACAUCGUGAAAUUGAUGGAAGAUGCUGCCGCAAAAGUGCUUUACCCUGAAGUGACACCCACUGCAACCAUCGCCUCAGAGGCGAGAACUUUGAAUCCUCGGACUGGUACUGGCCACCCCAGUCUCGGGACAUCAAACUCUCGUCCUGUCGCAGGUAGUAGUGCUGUCGCCGCCACAGGGCCGAGAACGUUGGAUCCUGGGGCUGGUACUGGCCGCACCAGUCUCGAGACUCCACGUUUUCGUCCUGUCGGAGGGAGCAGUGCUGACACCGCCUCAGUGGCGAGAACUUUGAAUCCUGGGGCUGGUACUGGCCCCACCCGUCCCGGGACUUCAAAUUCUCGUACUGACGGUGGCAGCAUCGCAGCCCCCGAAAAUGGUAAAGGCUCUCUGUGGCAAGACCCGCAAACGUUAGCUGAAAUUCGGAUAGCGAUUCGUACAGCUAACGACUGGAUGUAA